AUGACCAUAGCACACCUCCUCCUUUCCCUCAAGGACCAGCUCCUUUACAAUACAGGGCAAUCGGUUCUGGUCACCUUUGUUGUGGCCCCCCUCAUAUACCUCUUCAUCAACGAGCUUGUCCGGCACAAUGCCCGCAUCAGUGGCAUGAAGGGUCCCUCCGGGUGGCCUUUGAUUGGGAACCUCUGGGACAUUCGCGUCAACGCUGCCGAAAAGUAUCGAGACUGGGCGCGCUCGUUCGGCGAUGUCUAUCAGAUCCAGCUGGGAAAUGUCCCGGUCGUCGUCAUCAACUCGGCCGCGGCGGCCAAGGCCAUCUUUGGCCAGAAUGCCCAGGCCAUGAGCUCGAGGCCCGAAUUUUACACCUUUCAUAAGAUUCUCUCUGAUACGGCCGGUACAACCAUUGGAACGUCACCCUAUAGCGACUCGCUGAAGCGUCGCCGCAAGGGCGCCGCCUCGGCACUCAACAAGCCUUCGGUGCAGACGUACGUUUCGCACCUUGACGUCGAGACCCGCGAUUUUAUCAAGGAGCUGUACACCUAUGGAGAGGCCGGAACAGCCCCGACCGACCCAAUGCCCAUGAUCCAGCGCCUGUCCCUCUCCCUUGCCCUGACCUUGAACUGGGGAACCCGGUUGAAGAGCCAAAAAGAUGACCUCUUCGACGAGAUUACCCAUGUCGAGGAGGAGAUUAGCCGCUUUCGGUCUACAACGGGCAACCUCCAGGAUUUCAUCCCUAUUUUGCGCCUGAACCCCGUUAAUCUUCACUCGGCCAAGGCCAAGGAGAUGCGCAGCCGGCGCGACGCGUACCUGUCCGCCCUCAACAAGGGACUGGAUGAUCGCAUCGCCAACGGCAGCUACAGCCCUUGUAUCCAGGCCAACGUCAUAAUGGACAAGCAGGCAAGGCUGAACAAGGAUGAACUCACUUCCAUCAGCUUGACGAUGCUUUCUGGCGGUCUUGACACCGUGACCACACAGGUCGCCUGGUUCAUGGCCUUUCUCUCUCAGCACCCCGAAAUCCAAGAAAAGGCCGUGUCGGAGAUACGCAAAUUUUACGACGACAGCCAGCCAAUGUGUGAAUCUGCCGACGACCAGAAAUGCCAAUACAUUGUUGCCCUUACCGUUGUCUACGAGGGUCUCACGAUCCCUCAGGGGUCGGUGAUUUUCCUCAACGCUUGGGCUUGCAAUAUGGACCCCAACGUAUGGGAACUCUAUCUCCUUUAUAUGAGGCUAUUCAACAGCUUCCGCAUCGAGAAGCAUGACCAGGUUGACUGCCACCCGAUACGAGGCAAUGCGGAUCCCACCAGCUUGGUGGCAAUGCCAAAGCGGUACCGUGCCCGGUUCGUGCCUAGAAACCCCGGAGCUUUGGGAAAAGCCAUGCAGGAUGAAGAUACCUAA